AUGGACCCGCUAUCUAUAUCCGCCUCCAUCGCCGGCCUCCUCUGCGCCGGCGCCAAAAUCAUUGAGGUCCUGACCCAAAUAUCUCAAUUAACUGGCGCACCACCGUUAUGCAAAGCAGCGCUGACGGAAGUUUGCGACACGGCUGCCACGUUGCGGCUAAUGCAGAAUUUCAUCAACAGCGAUUUGUCCGUACCCACGGAAGGGAGACAGCAUGUCGCCUUGGAGCAUUUGACAGUUUCGUUGGCGGGAUGUGUCAGUACGAAAGAUGAGUUGGAGACGGUAUGUGAUGAUUUGGGGUUGGUGUACUCAAAGAGCGGCAUCACGGGAGUGUUUGACCACCUGAGGUGGAUCCGACAAGAGGAAAAGAUCAAAGCCUUGAUUCAACGGCUGCAAAAUCAUAAGUCAUCGCUGAAUUUGAUUCUUACGAUUGUGCAGUGUUCAUCUUCAACGCAUUUGCAGGACUCUGUCAACAAGUUAUCCAAUCUUGUCGAAAAGGCGCUUGUGAGUAAUUCAACCAUAGCUAUGCGGCUAGCCCGCGGUGCUGGUGACUCGAGCUCCGUACCAACAGUCAAAGACGGUUCAGAAUCUGACGAACUGUGCUGGCUAAUCGACGGAUCAGUGUGGAAAUAG